CAUGCAUGAAUAGGUGCACAGUGAAGGCAUUGCCCUUGGUCUCCAGUGGCCACUGUUUCAGACAGAUAAUGUUGGUGGCUCGAACUGCACGAUUUGUGGCAGGUAAUAUUCAUUGUUUGGACCGGCAUCGUCGUCAUGGUUACAAAGCCGCCCUGUAUUAUUCCCACAUUAACACCCGCCUGUUACAGACUUGCAAAUAGUACAAGUUUCUCAUUUAAAAAAAAAAAAAAGAAAAUUUUGUGAGAUAAUCAGGGAUUUGUACAUUUUAGGCGAAAUAACUGCGCCGGAAUAGCCGAGGUUGAGAUGCUUUCAUAUUUCAUUAUUCUGGCAGACGCUGUCCGUUCGCUGGUUAAUAUCCAAGUCCAGGUUUUCUGGAUAAUUCUGAUUUGUGGGUUAUUUUCUCCCACCUCUCUGGUCCAUAGUGGAUAAAAUAGCCGUAAUGAUUUCUCGGAAGUAACAUUUCGGGAAUGGCAUCCAAGCUUGUUUCAAUGCUGAAAGUACACUUUUUAUCUACAUAGUUACUUAAUUUUAUAAUGUAUUCAUUUCUAUUUAAUAGAAUUAUUAAUUGCCUUCACCCUUUUCUUACUAACAAUGGAGAAGUCUGAGGCCUGACACCAUUACCAAUAUUGGCAUAAUUGGAGGUUAGAGCAGCAAUAUUAACCCUCUCAUUGCUACAAACGUUCUAUUACACAUUUGUUUUCCAGAACUCCAGAUUCUGCUUUCUGCGUGUGCUUAUAAAUUCCCUCUUUCUCUUACAGUGAGAGGGGUGCAUGCAGUUGGUCUGACUGAUCCCUAUGAAAAAGUAGCAUUUGCAACCCUGCGUCCAAACAAAUGCAGAUUUUUGCACAAAAGGUACAUAUUAUAUUCUGCAGCUUCUUAAUGUACAGCAUCCCAUGAAUGCUCAACAGUGUUAAUUUUGGCUGCAAAUUUCAAGUCUGCUUUAGUCUUAUUUUAGUUAUCUGAAUUGUUUUAGUCGACUAAACCCCCAGUAGAUUUUAGUCCCCAGCCCCGAUGUGUCUCUUUGUGUCCCCCAAGCCCCUCUGGGUGUCCAGCUCCUGAGUGCCUUAUUGCUCUAUCACUGACCAUGUAACUCCUUAUUACAGUAACCCAGCUCCUGAGUGCCUUAUUGCUCUGUCACUGACCCUGUAACUCCUUAUUACAGUAACCCAGCUCCUGAGUGCCUUAUUGUUCUGUCACUGACCCUGUAACACCUUAUUACAGUAACCCAGCUCCUGAGUGCCUUAUUGCUCUAUCACUUACCCUGUAACUCCUUAUUACAGUAACCCAGCUCCUGAGUGCCUUAUUGCUCUAUCACUGACCCUGUAACUCCUUAUUACAGUAACCCAGCUCCUGAGUGCCUUAUUGCUCUAUCACUGACCCUGUAACUCCUUAUUACAGUAACCCAGCUCCUGAGUGCCUCAGUGUUUGGAGUGUCCCUUUAACAUAAUGGAAUCUAUAAUCCUUUUAUUGCAUAUUUCGAUGAAUCAUUACAAGGCCUCACUUGUGUUGUUUGAUUUAUAUUGUAGUCCGGUGAAAUGCUGGAGCUCGGGAUUUCCUGGCAGAGGAGGAAAUGACAAUAACACAUUCCUAACACUGGAGGAUGUAGCCUUUGGAAUCAAGGAAGGCACUUACCGGCGUAUCCUGGUUAUGGUGGGAGCUGGUAUCAGUACGGACAGUGGCAUCCCAGACUUCAGGUGACAUUGUGUAUACUCUCGUGCUGGAAAAUGGGCCAUCUCCAUCUUGUGUGCAGCCAUAGUACAGCGUUAUACACUCUUCUAUUGUUUGUAUAUCCCCACUACGUUAUAGAAUAGUGACAUGCUCAUUUCUACUAGCUCUAGAAGUUUAUAUGGAGUCCAACUCAUUUCAAAGGUUGGUUCAGCAAGUAGUUGACGGACACAAGAGAUGGAGAGAGUCCUGCUCAAAUAAUCUAGCUCUUUAUUUUUUUAAAUAAAUUUUUCAUCCUUUUAUUUUGUCUCCUUUUUUUCUUGCAGGUCUCCCACUAGCGGUUUGUACAGUAAGCUACAGCAAUACUCCCUUCCGUACCCUGAAGCUAUUUUUGACUUGGGAUACUUCUUAAGGGAGCCACAUGCUUUCUUAGAUCUUUCUAAAGAUCUUCUUCCAGGCCGCCACCUACCUAACACAGCGCAUCAUUUCCUGCGUCUCCUGAAUGAUAAGCGGGUACUCCUGCGCCUCUACACACAGAACAUCGAUAGCUUAGAGAGAGGUAGUAAACGUACAAACAUAUAUUAUGAUUAGAGGGUAAUAUCAAUCGGCUAAUUUAGUCUGCCCACUUUUUUCUACACAUGCUUAAAGAGGACCGGUCACUACCCCAGAUUUGUAAUAUCUUCUUCAUCUAUCCCUGUAUUUACAAAGUGUGCCGACUGACAUUUGGAUGAGGGUCCACCCCAUUGUUAGAAAUGAGGCCCAAAAAAGUUUCACAGAAAGAGGCAAAACAAAUUCUACUUUUGUAUUUAACAAAUAUAUAUUUGUGAGGUGUGAAAAUUUAAAUAUAGAAGUCUACACCUCUGUAUCCUGUAACUGGGCAUCUCCAUCUUAGCUUCGUGUCAAUCCGCAUACAAAGAAGAUACAUAUAAUGACUAUAUUAAUUACAAUUAGGAUUAGAAUGCAGCUUUGGUUUCCAAUAUGACUGUUGGAGCAUUGUACCCCAUUGUGGGUGAUUAGUGGAAAUGCAAAAUCUCAGGAUAGCAGUUUAAGAGAGCUACAUAGAGCAAUAUAAAUGGGGAGAAAACAUAGACAAGAGGGGUGCAGUAAUGAAAGGUAAAAAAACAAUGAAAAAGACAAGUAUGCUCAUGGGUGAAAUGUGGUCAUAACUGUUUGAGAUAGAAGACCUCACAAUGAAAGGAAUGGGGAGAACAAAUUUAAUAGAGGUAGGUAAGGAAUGUGGGAGAUGUCGUGAAGAAUUAGAACAUAGAAAAGUGGUGAGCCGUGCAGUUAAAAUGUCAGGUAAAGAGAUGGGAACAAAAAAGUCAAGUUACGGGAUGAGCCGAAGGUGAAAUAUAUUAAAACCACAAUGAUAAAUUAAAUCAAUAAGAUGAAAAACACUUAUAAAACAGAUAAUGUACUUUAAAAAGAUUAAAAUAUGGUAUACCAGUGAACAAGAUUAAUUUAGAAAUAAACAAAAAUGUUUAAAAGUCUGUCUGUUCCUGUCCAAAUCUGAGAUGAAUAAAUUGCGUAUACGCAGAAGUAAGUUCACACUGACACAUGCAGUUCAGGUUAAAAACACUUCAGGAAAUUUAUUAGCAUCUAGUUAAAAAGUGGGCACGCAGGCCUUUUUAUAUGCAAAAUGACAUCAUCAUUGAAUAUCAGAUAAUAACAAAUAAACAUCAUUAAUUGGGUUAAAUGUUAAGUGGCUAUGUCAGUGUCCACCCAUUAAUAUUAUUAAUUGGCUCAGAGAUUUGAGUGACUAGUGAGGCACCCUCCCAUCAUGGGAUGUCGUCGCCAUUGCUCUUUAGCACGAGGCUUACUCGGUGGAAAGGGGGGCUUGGGCGUCAUUUUACGUAGUUAGUGAUGUCAGUCUCGUGGUCUGUUCCAAGGUUCUUUUAUGAAUAGAACAUUUCAUUUUGUCACUGUUCUCCUGGCCUUGGAUUAUACUAUGUUGCAAGUCAACGGAGAUCCGCUAACUCCGGGGCUAGUUAUGUCCUUAGAGAGAGAAAAUACAAUCUCUUAUUCAUUAUACUGAAUACUGUCAGGAAAUUCUGUCAUGUAAGGUGAACAAAAUGGAGUUAGUACAAUAAUUCAAUACAGGUUCUAAUAAAGAUUUUAAUAAUUCUACAUCACCAGGUAUAUGGAUACAGUCCCAAAACUGUGUUUAUUCUUAUCACAAGUCUCCUUGCUUCACUUCAUGAUAACAUAUGAAAGAGAGCAGAGGAAAGCAAAAAGCCAGUAGUGCAAUAUGUAAACUCAAAUGCGGAACACACAACACAUAAGUAAAUUGCCAACUCACUUGUAAUGGAGCUUAAACCAGCUCCAGGUUAAUCCGCAUACAGCGGUUUAGAUACCCACUUGUAAGAUAUCUCUCUGGUACUUAUCCAGAGUAGUAGUGAGGUGCACUAUAUAGGACAGUAGUGGAAGAGUCUAGAGAUUCUAGUGAAACAGCAUAGAAGAUGGAAGUAGUGUAUAACAAAGGAGAGGAAUAGAGUGCACUGUAGGGAGGAGUGAUUGAGAGACUCUGAUGUUAAGAGACUAUGGGGUGCAAUGUUUAGAAUUUAUCGAACAUAAAGGAGAUUCUGUCUGUCUUCCUCAUCCAUUAAGCCGUAACAGUAUUGCAUAGAUAAAAAGUUUAUUAGACUGUAUGGGGUAUGGCAUCCACUUGCUUCAUUUUUUUACGCAUUGUAAUAAUUUGCAUUAAGCUAGCCAGCAGAAAGAAAGGAUCUAGAAAUCUGACAAAAUAGAGGGCUCAUUGUAACUGGUUCAAAAAUCAAACUCGUACUGGUAGAGUGUCUUGUUAUUAGGAGAAAAUAACGAUCGAGAAAACCCUUUUAUUGUUGUACUAAAACUACAUGACAGUCCAAAAUGUAGGACUCAUAACCUCCCUGAGGUUUUUCUGUCUUUCAGCGGCUGGCAUCCCUCUGGAGAAGCUGGUGGAAGCCCAUGGGUCAUUUACUUCAGCCACAUGCACCAAGUGCCUCAAAACAUACCCAGGAAGGACCUUCCAGGUGAGCCAUUUUAGCAUUACUGGAUCUUUGCCAUGUUCACUCCAAAAAUAGGUUUUCAUAUUAUUUAAGAUGGUUUAUCUGUUCAGGGCUUCAAACAACCUACUUAACAACGGAUACUCAUUGUGUUAUGUUACAAGGAGUUCCCCUGUCCAUAUCACACAGCUGCUUAUCACUUUAGCAAUUAGCAAAAUCACUGCAUUUUCAAACCUGGGUAAGAUUGUAGAUGCAGUGAUUUGUGCAAAUUUCAAGUCCCCACUCAACCCCUAUAGCCAUGCUUUAACCUUUGCCCAUACAAAUAUUUCUAGAGAAUGCAUACGUUGCAUUUGCUAUUGGCAGCUCAGGAGACCAUUUUUUUACAGCCCUUUCACCCAACAGAGAGUGUGGCUUAAUAAAGUGACAGCACAUAUUUCUGUAUAGGUGUUAUCGGCUCCAAAAAUAUUGUUUCUUGUCUCUGUGACAAAAAUCAGUACUAAUGUUUUGUGCGUAAUCUUACAUCUUUGUUCGGUCUUCUGUGUUGCUUGGGCAUAUUUACGAUUGUGUUUAAUUUGGGGUAUGCUCCCAUUACAGGAUGCAGUGUUGGAGUCACGGGUUCCUCUGUGUGUACUAUGUAAAGGUCUCAUCAAACCAGACAUUGUGUUUUUCGGAGAACAUCUACCACAACGCUUCCUAAUGCAUCUAGUAGACUUUCCACAAGCUGAUCUCCUGCUCGUCAUUGGCACAUCCCUGGAGGUCAGAGAGAGUUAAAGAGGAGUGAGAUAUCAAAAAAAACUGUUGUGUGGUUUUGUUAUUUUAACCAAAUGAGCAUCAGCAUUGUAAUGUUUUUAUAUCUUAAUUUAUCCUGAAAUGUUAUUUUAAGUCUUCGCUUAGAUCCGUUUGCGCAAGCUUUAUCCUAAAUGUAAAUUAUUGCUUCAUAGCAAUUUGUCAAAGAAAAAAAGUUUUUUGCAAGUAAGAAGAAAUGAUAUCUAAACUUUAAAAUGCAUUUGCCUAAUAACCAAUAUGAGGUCAAAGAUGCCUCAUUUUUACAAACCCCAAGCAGAGUAGGUGAGGGGUUAAGUAAAUAUAAACAGGGUUAUUCACUGAAGUGUGAAUUUCAAAUUUAAGCCUAAAUACCCAACCUGGAGACAUUUUCACACUUUGAGGAAUAACUGAUAGUUUUCCAAAUAUUUUAAAACAUUAUUUUCCUCCCCUUGGGCACUGGGGUGGAAAAUAAUCCGAUAAUAAGAUAAUACAAUAACACGAUAGUAAGAUAACAUGAUAAUACGAUAGUAAGAUAAUACGAUAAUAUAAUACUAUAAUAAUAUACGAUAACACGAUAGUAAGAUAACAUGAUAAUACGAUAGUAAGAUAAUACGAUAAUAUAAUACUAUAAUAAUAUACGAUAACACGAUAGUAAGAUAACAUGAUAAUACGAUAGUAAGAUAAUACGAUAAUAUAAUACUAUAAUAAUAUACGAUAACACGAUAGUAAGAUAACAUGAUAAUACGAUAGUAAGAUAAUACGAUAAUGAUAACAUAAUACGAUAGUAAGAUAAUACGAUAAUAUAAUACAAUAAUAAUAUACGAUAACACGAUAGUAAGAUAACAUGAUAAUACGAUGGUAAGAUUAUACGAUAAUAUAAUACGAUAAUAUACGAUAACACAAUAGUAAGAUAACAUGAUAAUACGAUGGUAAGAUUAUACGAUAAUAUAAUACGAUAAUAUACUAUAACACGAUAGUAAGAUAGCAUGAUAAUACGAUAGUAAGAUUAUACGAUAAUGAUAACGAUAAGAUAAUACGAUAAUAUAAUACGAUAAUAAUAUACGAUAACACGAUAGUAAGAUAACAUGAUAAUACGAUGGUAAGAUUAUACGAUAAUAUAAUACGAUAAUAUACGAUAACACAAUAGUAAGAUAGCAUGAUAAUACGAUAGUAAGAUUAUACGAUAAUGAUAACAUAAUACGAUGGUAAGAUAAUACGAUAAUAUAAUACGAUAAUAAUAUACGAUAACACGAUAGUAAGAUAACAUGAUAAUACGAUGGUAAGAUUAUACGAUAAUAUAAUACGAUAAUAUACGAUAACACAAUAGUAAGAUAGCAUGAUAAUACGAUAGUAAGAUUAUACGAUAAUGAUAACAUAAUAUGAUAGUAAGAUAAUACGAUAAUAUAAUACGAUAAUAAUAUACGAUAACACGAUAGUAAGAUAACAUGAUAAUACGAUGGUAAGAUUAUACGAUAAUAUAAUACGAUAAUAUACGAUAACACAAUAGUAAGAUAACAUGAUAAUACAAUGGUAAGAUUAUACGAUAAUAUAAUACGAUAAUAUACUAUAACACGAUAGUAAGAUAGCAUGAUAAUACGAUGGUAAGAUAAUACGAUAAUAUAAUACGAUAAUAAUAUACGAUAACACGAUAGUAAGAUAACAUGAUAAUACGAUGGUAAGAUUAUACGAUAAUAUAAUACGAUAAUAUACUAUAACACGAUCGUAAGAUAGCAUGAUAAUACGAUAGUAAGAUUAUACGAUAAUGAUAACAUAAUACGAUAGUAAGAUAAUACGAUAAUAUAAUACGAUAAUAUACGAUAACACGAUAGUAAGAUAACAUGAUAAUACGAUGGUAAGAUUAUACGAUAAUAUAAUACGAUAAUAUACUAUAACACGAUAGUAAGAUAGCAUGAUAAUACGAUAGUAAGAUUAUACGAUAAUGAUAACAUAAUAUGAUAGUAAGAUAAUACGAUAAUAUAAUACGAUAACACGAUAGUAAGAUAACAUGAUAAUACGAUGGUAAGAUUAUACGAUAAUAUACUAUAACACGAUAGUAAGAUAACAUGAUAAUACGAUAGUAAGAUUAUACGAUAACACGAUAGUAAGAUAAUACGACAAUGUGAUAUGAUAAUAGUAUAACAAUAUAAUACGAUAAAAAGAUAAUGUGAUAUGAUAUGCAUUUUUGCCAUUUGAUUCUUAUUUCCAGACCUAUGUGAUUUUUAAUGUGCAGCAUCUUUGGAUAAUGGAUAAUGGGCAGGUAAAAUAUAAGUUGACAUGGAAACAGUGCAGAUAACCUUCAAAAUCUCCAAUGAUAACGCAUGCUCUUUCAGGUUGAGCCUUUUGCAAGUCUGGUAUAUGCAGUUAAGGCUUCCACUCCUCGUGUCCUAAUCAAUCGAGAACCUGUUGGACCAUUCGUAAGUGGUCAUCAAGGGAUAAACGUUGCAGAGAUCGGAGAAGUCACCGCUGGAGUCAAGCGUUUUGCUCAACUCUUGGGAUGGGAACGUGAACUGACUGAGCUGGAUAAAGAAGGAAAAGUAAGAAAGUAGAAAUACAUAGCAAGAUAUCGGGAAAUGGUGUCACUGGUAACAAUCAUGCAUGUUAGACUGGCUUUAGUUGCUAAAAAUGGCUGAUCUUAAACAUAAAGGGACACUACAGGCACCUAGACUACGUCAUCUUAUUGAAGUGGUCUGGGUUCAGUGUCCCUGUCCCCAUAACUCUGCAAUGUAAAACAUUUCACUAUUAGUAAAACGGCAGUGUUUACAUUGCAGGGUUAAGCCUGCCUCUAGUAGCUGUCUCCCAUACAGCCACUAGAGGUGCUUCCUGCAAUUUCACAGAGUUUAAGUCCGUGAAAUGAUGCUGGACGUCCUCAAACUUUGAAUGGUAAAAUCUAGCAUCUUGUAAAACCCCAUAGGAAAGUAUGAAUUCAAUGCUUUCCUAAGCAGAAUGUUUAAUGCACAUGCGGCACUCACUGCACUCGUGACAUCGGCUAAGAAUGAGUCCAACUCAGCGCCGAGGGACAUCGCUGCAGAAAUCAGGGAAGUGGGGAAAAAAAGGUUAGUUUCUAAAAAUAAAAAUACAAUAUAAAAUAGCACCCUUUUACCUAGCUCUGCCGUAUAAUACUGUUUGUUUAGUUUUUGCACAAGAAUGUUACCUUAUUGUAACAUUGUAAUUGUAUAUAGUUAUUGUGAUUAACACCAUUCUCUAAAGGAUUUUUUUUUUAUAUAUAUAUUUUGUGAUACGGAAUAAUGCCCUAUUGGCAUUAUUGUACCUGUUUCUCCAAAGUAAACAUUUAAAGAGUGUUUUAAAAGAAGAUUUACCUCAAUCCAUCACAAGGCCCAAUCAAAGCUUCUCAUAGAGGGCUCUUAGCCCACACGGGGAAGAGGGAGGGAAUGGAGCAUCAGGGAGGGCAUGGAGCAUCAGGGAGGGCGGGCAAUUAAAACAAAUAACCUAUGAGAUUGGGAGGCAAGAGGGCUUCCCUCAGGGUUAUGCCGGUCAGCAGACGUAAAUUCUACAUAGAAUUGACAUUAAGCACCUCGGAACAUAUCUCGGAUGUGCAGUGUUUCAAGCUGAAAUCCUAGACAUUCAGACUCGUACCACCAUAACCACUUCAAAAAGCAGAACUGAUCAAGGUGGUGGGAGUAACCCUUUAAUAACUUUUGAAACUACACACUAAAGAAAUUAUUUCCAUAAUAAAAUAUAUAUUUCUAUGGUGGUGUUUACAGGAUAAAGCUGGACAACUGUGAACGACAAGUAGAGGAACUUCUUGCACAGCCUUGACGGGGCCCAUAAACAGAACGUCACUGUAUUACUGAUAUGUCUUGCGUUAUGUUAAUAUUAUUGUAUGUAAGAUGUAUUAUAGUGCAGGGCUAGACCACCUUUAGCACUCCAAGUGUUAAAAAAAACCCUUCCUUUCUAUUAUGGCAUAAAAAGGAUAAUAAAGUUUAAUAUAUUUGUAUCUAUCCUCGUUUAUGGCAGAACAUCAUUUUCCAUCUUUCAUUGCGACAUGUAUAGGAUGUACCAACUAUGGCACAGAUAUCCUUCUGGGAAGAGACAACAAGCAAAUGCUGUGUGAUUCUGGUGAGG